CACAACGCGCCUGCCAAGUAAUGGACAACGCGCUUCACAUGCAACUUCGUCAGUUGCGCCUUUGACAUUCCGCACUGAAACACACGUCGUUCUCUCAAUUCGUAAAUUAGGCCACAUUUUGACCAGAAAACAGUCUUUCAAAGCAGCACAGCUAGUAACCUCCAGCCCAACAUGCCAUUCACGAAAGGUACCAAGCGUGGUGCCCCGCGCGACUCGCGCAGCGACUCCGAGGACGAGCUUGCCACUAAGCCAACCAAGAAGAACAAGACCUCCGAGACCGAGGGCAGUGCAAGCGGUGUUGACAAGGAGGGCAACGCCUUCUGGGAUCUUUCCAACAAGCGCCGUAUUGGCAUCUCCCAGUUCAAGAACACCACCUUCAUCAACAUUCGCGAGUACUAUGAGAAGGAUGGCGAAAUGCUGCCCGGCAAGAAGGGCAUCUCCCUCACUGUAGCCCAGUACGAGACCCUUGUCAAGGUCAUUCCCGCUAUCAAUGAGAAGCUCCGCACAAUAGGCCAUGACGUCGAGAACGUCAAGGAAGACGGCGACGCACCGACGGCAGUUGAGUCACUGAAGAAGCCAGUCAAGGAGAAGUUAAAGGCCAAGAAGUCCAACAUCGAGGCCACCAGUGACGAGGAGUCGACGUAGGAUUCGGACUCGAGUGACGAGAUGUCCGGUUAUGAUUUGAGUGGUACGAGCUCGGAGUCUAAUUAGGAGUCUCAUUCGGACUAAAGGCGCCUCGGGUGUUGUUUGAGAUGGAAAAAGUUUGCACAUCGGUCGUACAUCUUUGUUGCUCUUUCCUGGUCAUGAUUAACAGGAUGAAUGUACGAUUGGGGAGGAUGAUGAGAUACCAGCUCUGCGUUAAGCGGAGCACGAUCGCUAGCCGAUCAAAUUUGGCAGUCAAUAUUCAAGUGUUCGCUGUCUAUGUAUGUAGGACUCCAAGCCGUGCACAGGUCGCUAUUUCGUC